UUAACCAACUGCAAUAGUCCUCCUGAACAAAACUAUAGGAUAGGGUCUGAUAAGUGGACUCGGAUUUUUAUAUUGAUAUUAAUAAACGAUAUAACUUAAUUAUAACUUUCGAUAUUACCAACCGAUUCUGAUUUUUGAACAACAACUAACUUGUCAACAACAUCCACAACAACAACAUCUAUUAUAAACACUUUUUCAUAUAAUAAACGUAUUUUCUUUUAUAGAUAAUAAUAGACAAUCGAAAGCUCGUGGAGGACCAUGAAAAGAAGUUUAAAAAGUGGCAUCCCAGCCGACCUGCUUGCAUAUCAUCUCUAAAACCUACAACGACUACUGCGACUUCAGAAAAAAGCUAUAAGGAUUCUUAACUGCCUGGGCCCCAGAGACACCUGUAAAGAAGCCUUUAAGAACCUAAAAAUCAUGACAGUGAUUGCCCUCUAUAUUCGGGAGGUUAUACUGUAUAUUGAUGGGAAGAACCUACCUCGAGCUGCUGACCACCACGACUACUACACCCGACAUCCUGCAAACUACCCACUACCAGCCCACCAUCUUACACUAUAUGAAAGAAAACCGUCAUAUGCUGGCAAGAAGCUGUACAACAUAUUACCACAAGAACUAAAAGCUCUUAUAGAAAUGAAGCUGAAGGCAUCGCUGAAUGACUGGUUGACAUCAAGACCCUUCUACACCCUAGAUGAAUAUGUGCACUGGAAAGACAUUCAAGAGUGACAUUAUUUUUGUAUACAAUUUGAAUUGUAUCCACUGUAAACUGACGCUAUACAUUUCUCUAAGAAAUUUUGUAAUAAAGAGUUUCUGAUUUCUGA